GUAACAACAACAGAAGCAGAACGCGUCGUGUUGGCCUUUCAAUGAGAGCGUUUUACCGCCACAAUGGACUCUACAUCAGUUGUAAUCGUGGAAGAGUCUCUUCCAAGGGAUAUUAUGGAAGUUUUAGAUAGCAUGCGACGAAGCAAAGAGUUGUCCGAUGUUACGCUUGUCGUUGAAGACCGCGAAAUCGUCGCUCAUCGAGCCGUUUUGGCGGCAUGCAGUCCUUACUUUAGAGCCAUGUUUUUGUCUGGGUUUUCGGAAGCCAGCGAGCAGAAGAUAAUCCUUAAAGAAGUCGAUGCUAAUGCGGUUGAACUAAUCGUGGGAUACUUCUACACUUCUGAACUUGAAGUGAAUGUUUCCAACGUGGAAGAAAUACUGCGAAUUUGUGUGCUGUUGAGACUGAAUUCCCUUGUCGAUCACUGCGAAACUUUUCUUCGACGCAACAUGACCCCGGCCAACUGUGUCGGUCUUCAGUUUGUCGCAGAUCUUUUCUGUCUUGAGGAAUUAAGCCAACAUGCUAGUCGCUUUGCGCUUUGGCAUUUUGCAAGCGUUUACAAAGAAGAGGAGUUCAAGAAAAUGCCAUACAAACAGCUGAAGGAUUUAAUUAAGGAUGAUUCACUGAAAGUUCAGUCGGAGGAAAUGGUUUUUGAAGCUGUAUUGCAGUGGAUUUCGCAUGACACGAACGCAAGGAAGGACUUUGUCCCUGACAUUAUGCAGUAUGUAAGAUUCCCCCUUAUGAAUCUUCAGUAUUUACAUGGAAGUUCUUCCAUCCAGAAACUCACACGUGAUUUUCGCAUGUGCAAGGAAUUGAUCCGUGAAGCUAUUAGCUAUCAAACGGCUGUGGAAAGCAAAUCAACUACAGCUAUCGAUAAUUUCCGCGUCAGACCUCGCAUGGCUUCAGAAGAGAUUUUCGUCAUAGGUGGCUGGUCCAAUGGGCAGAAAAUAAGUAGUGUCCAGUGCUUUAAUGUGGACACUUUGGAAUGGACAGUAGUUGCUGGCAUGUCGGUUGCACAUGUGUCCAGAGAGGAUUACAUUAGAGUGGUUGCUGUUGGUGAUGAGCUCUACACUGUAAGUCGUUACAAGGUUGGCAAGUACGACCCCAUAGCUAAUUCGUGGAUACAGGUAGCAACAGGCCCUGAUGUGCAGUGUAAAUGGGCUGGUGUCUGUGAGUAUGAAGGUUACAUCUAUGUUGUUGGGGGACACAGCAGUAUGUGUGCCAAGCAAUUUGACACAGAAACCAUGAUGUGGAGGUCUUUGCCAUCAAUGAUGUAUGCUCGCUACUAUCCAGGUAUCUAUUACUGCUGACAUUGUUCUUUCUAAGGGGUUAUUCACAUGAUACCGAAAUGACUUUUGUUCUGGAACAAGUUCAUUCCAUCUUCUCUACAUUUGUUUACAUGAUACCAAAAUGGCAUAAUUUUAUUUCUGUACAAGUCAUUCUGGAAUGAGUUUAUUCCAGUCUUCAAUCGCAAUGAAAUUUUCUUUCUGGUGAGAAAUUUCAUUCUGGUAUAGUAUCAUGUAAACUGAAAAUGAACUUCAUUCUGGAUUGAAAAUUGCAAAAUUGUGUAGUCUGGGGCAAGUGGCACAUGAGUGAUGCACUGAUCUGGCGCAUAAACCACACAUGCGGGAAUGCCUUAGAGCUGGUGUGUACUUUGUCAUGUGAAUGCAGUAAGAACUUGUUGUUAUAUACAGCUGUAACAUAAAACAGUCCCUAAAGUUAUUUGAGUUGGGAAUUGUUGCACAAAAGGCAAUGAUACACUCACACACAGCUUAUGACCUUGCUUGGGAUCAAAAGAGCUGUUUGUAAUAGAGAGGUACUACACUGCUGCCAUCAAUUUUCAAUAAUUUAUUGCUGGCUUCACAAGCAGGUAGAUGAAGGAAAUCCUGAACAAGCUCUUUGGCUGCAUAUUAGGCCUCUUCUUUUUUUGUGUGUUCAUGAACCCUGACAAAGGCGUUGGCCAAUAUCUGACCAUCUUCAUCUUUUGAUUGGUCAUUGCAGUCCCGGUUUGUGGAAGAUAAAACUAAAUAAUUGCCAGUCACUUAAUGUGUCCUCAUCUAUAAUAAGAUCCCAGAGACAUAAAUUUUUUGCAAAACUGUUAUUAUUCAUUAUUUUACAGGUGUAGGUGUGAUGAAAGGGAAGAUUUAUGCUGUUGGAGGCUUAGACCAUCUGUGGGCUCCACUGAACACUGCUGAGCGAUACAACCCCCACACAAACCAGUGGGAAGCCAUCUCAUCAAUGAGCACAGCUCGUUGGAGUCUCGGUGUUGCUGUUCUAAGUGAGAAGCUGUAUGCCAUUGGAGGAUCUGACAACCGAGAAUCUUGUAGUAACAGUGUUGAAAUGUAUGAUCCUGGUACUGAUACAUGGAGCCAGUCUGUAGCAGCCAUGAAUGCUGGCCGCCGCUGUCUGGGUGUUGCAGUUGUGAAUGAUACCAUCUAUGUGGUGGGUGGUCGUGUCACCAACAGUAUUGAAUACUAUGAUGAGGAAAGGAACACUUGGGUUGUAGUUGGUGCUGUCAACACAAGGUGUAACUUUGGAUGUGUUGCAUUAAGAAUUUUGUAGACUGUAUAUUGUAUUUUGUGGGUAUGUCGUGUUUUAUUAUUUAUUGUAAAUAAUGCAAAGUGGCAUUAGUCCAGGGCCAGAAAUUCUGAUCAGACUGUCACCAAGUGUGACUUAAAAUUGCAUGCUGGCAAUGAGAUUUUCAAAACUGGUUCAGUAAAACUCGAUGUGUAAUUUUUGGUACAUCUUUUUUUUUCAUCUACAGCUGCUGUUGUUUAAUGUCAAGUGGUGAGUCAACAACAAAGUUGAUAUUAUUGCCUGAUUAAGUGGCAUACAAAAUAAAUUGCAGCUCUUUCAGGCAGUCUUACACAACAAUGUGUAAGCAGUUUUGUUUAUUUUAGGUUAAACAUUUUGUUGAAAUAAUUUAAAAAAGAAAUUGCCUUUAGCUAGUCACAUCCAUACCUGAGACCCCCAGGUGACUUUGCCACUCUUUGCAUCUGCUAAUGAUGUCUGUAGCUAAUAUAAAAUACUGACUGUAGUGUUGAUUAACUUAUUUUGUUAAGUUAUCUUUAGUUGACUCAGUACAUUGGCAAUCCCUCUUUGACUUAAUUGCAACAGGCAGGAGCCUCUUGUAUCUCCAGCAAUUAGUCAUUUGAGGUUAUCUGUAUUUUCAUAGUGGAUUUAUAUAAGCACUUGUAUUCAUGUUCAUUAAUAGAUAAACGUACAACAUGUUUAUACUUUUCAGUGCCAAAUGUAUGGUAAAUUAAAUUUACAUUAAUAGUCGUUUUUAGUGUGAAAGGUCACGUUUUAUGUUUUUAGCUUGUGAACUUUAGAAUAUUCUGUUUACUAAUCAUUCUGAAAGCAUGUUGUUCAUUAUGUGCAGACAGUGAUGUAUUUAAUCUCCUUGUUCUUUCCUGGCCCUUUUUUAUGGACACAGCUCAAAAGAAUUUUUUAAAAAGUGACGUAGGUAACAGCAAUGUGUCAUCACAAUACAAUUGUUUUUACCUCAAUUUGAAUUUAGCAAAAUAUAUUCUUG